AUUUGGGACUUUUCUUUUUAUGGAGCCUGUUAAAAUAAACAUAUAUUGAAAUUAGUAAAGCAAUUUAGAUCAUGACUUCUAACAAUGAAUGGAUAACUACACCACAAAAAAGAAAUAGUUUAAAUAAGAAAAGUAGAGAAAAUCAAAUCAAAUCACUUCGUCAACUAGAAGAAUUAUUUGGUUCAAUUUAUGAGUCAGAUGUUCUAGAAUCAGUUGCAAAAUAUUAUAAUUGGAAAGUGGACUAUGCUGUCGAGGCCCUUGUAAAUUUAUCGUCAACUUAUGUACCUCAAUCCCAAUCGGCUGUCAAAAUCUCAAAGAAAACAGAGAAAUACACAGAUAGUUCAUGGAUAUCACAGAAGUCUUCUAACGUUGACAAUAUAGAAGAAAUGAUUGAUUCAAAAUUCCAAAAUACAAAAUAUAAUUUCAAAUUAUCAGAACAUGAAGUCCAAAAAAUAUGUAAGAAGAUGCCAAAGGUGAAGAAUCUCCUUCCUGAUAAAGAUGUUAAGCCUGAGCAACCCAGAAGUGAACCCAGUAUGAAGGUGGGUACUGAGUCUUUGUGUGGGUUAAAAGUACAAUAUCGAUUGAAAGGUACAGAGAAUUCGGAUGAUGAUGCUGAUGUUGUUAUUGAAGAGGAAUCUAGUGAUUACAUAAUUGACACUCCUGAGCCAGAGCAUGUCAACGUUUGCCAGUUCAUGUCCAUGCAUACUCAGUGUUCACCAAGAAACACAUUCCCAAAGGUGACGAUAAACACGCCGUCAUCAGCCAUGAGUCAGUGCUCAUCACCAUCUAUAUCAACACUCAUCGAAAGCCGUAUCGAAGCAGAUAUUAACAAGGGAUACAAAAUUCUAAUCAUUAUGCGUGGUGCACCAGGAAGUGGUAAAACAUGUCUCGCCCGGAGCAUCGUAACAAGAACAAUGGGCGGUGAUUACACUAAUCACAUCUUCAGUGCCGACGAUUACUUCUUGAAGAUAAACCGGGGCGUUUAUGUGUUCGAUUCGUCGAAGGUCCAGGAGGCCCACUAUUUCAAUUUUAAACGAGUGUUACAAGCCUUACAACAGGGAAGAAGUCCUAUUAUAGUUGACAAUACAAAUACCAGAGCUUGGGAAAUGCAGCAUUUUGCAUGCAUGGCGGUUCCAUAUGGCUACAUAGUGGAAACCUUGGAGCCGAAUACGCCUUGGUUUUUCGACGCGCGCGAGCUAGAACGACGUAAUACAUACGGCUUGACCAAAGCGAAAAUCCGUGUAUUCCUUGACCGCUAUGAGCCUAACAUAACUGGCAAACAUCUGCUAAAGAUGUUUUCGCUAAAGUAUCACAAAGACAAUCAGCCACCUCAAAUUCGCCAAAUACCACCUUUUCUAAUCGAGAAGCAGAUUGCCGUAGCACAACCGAAUCCAAAUGACUAUUAUUUCCACAAACCGACGGACAAUGAUCAAACUAAGCUGCUGAUAGACAAUGAGGCUUUGAACACGAUAGCCCAAAAGUACUCAAAGCCAAAGGCUGUCGCCAAAAAUACGAGGAAUAGCAACGCCAUAAGCGUCAUAAAAUCCUUCGACGAAUCGUGGACGGCAGGUAGCUCGUAUAAAGAGGAUAGCCUUCCGGAGAUAUCAAAACUUGGGGCUAUUGGUUCAGAGAGACGAGUGGCACAAGGCGCAUACCCACCAAAGCUUCAGGAUAACAAUAUCGAGCAGUCGCAGACGGAGUUGAAAGUAGAGAUGCUUACGGAAAUAACGACGGACGCUCCGGAAGAUUAUGGAGAUGUAGAGAGGAUGAUGCCCGAGACAAAGAAGGAUAGUACUGUAUCGAAUUGCUGGGAUUUUACGCUACUUCUCGAUGGCAGGCAGAUACAUAGUAAAUUUGAAAACACCGAUAGCAAUGAGAUAGCAGUAGUGAUUGACAAGCUGGUCGACAAAUCCAAUUUAAUGAACAGUUAUAUCGAAGACACGGAAGUAUCAUGCAUUCUAUCAGCGAAGCUUAAUGAUGAUUUUUUGUCUAUUGAGGAUCCUCGAACAUCUUCAGAACCUUCAUUGAUUAAUCUUACGGAAUUGAAUCUGGACACACAGCCCACAUUCGAAAAUUUUCAUAAGAUUCCGACGCCCGAUGUUCUUCAGGAAAUACCGACAUUAAUCGAUACCAGGAGUAACAGUCAUAGUAGCAGCUUAGAACGUGUCUCAGAUAUUGAUAUCUCGCAAUUUGAAAUAUGUAAUGCAGAGCUUGUUGAUGAAAUGAAAAAACCAAACGACAAAUUAAUAUGCGAACAUGAGAGUGCUGAAAAGCAGUCCAGCGGUGGCAGCUUGGGAUUACUCUUUAACUUCAUCAAAAAUUCCUUCAUCGGUAACGAUAAAGAAACGUAUAGUAAGCAGAUGCAGCCUGAUAACACUGACACGCCUGAGGUUUCUAUUUUCAAAUUUUCUUUUAUUGUUUCUAUUAGCUGUGACAAUCAACCGGAUAAUGUUUUGGGUAACGAGUCACCGAUAAAAAAGUCAUUCUCUCCGACGCUAUUGUUAGAACAAUCAUUAGACCUUAGCAAAGAUGAUGUGGAUAACAAUGAUUCGUUGCCUAUCGAUGUCACCGGCUCUGAUAAUUACUUCGAUGGCUCAUUAAUAAACGUCAGUCUAGACAACAGCAGCGAAUUUCUUGAGUCAUCCGAAAAUCCACAGAAGGAGAGUGUAAUAAAUAUCGUAGAAGAACUUCUAGAGGCCAGUUCGGACGUUCAACAUGUCGAACAGUUCGAUUUCCCGGACAAAAGAACGGCAACAAAAAGCGAGGAGCUUGAAAAAAAUUUCAACGAACGCAUGGAGAAUUUGCAUAUACGUACAAAAUCAGAUGAAGAUGAAAACAAAGUAUCAAAAGAACCAAUACAUUUAGUUUUUGGUGGCAAGAAUAUUUUCCCUGACAAAAUACAGACCCAGGCAAACAGCAAUGCUUUAUCAAAACCUUUCGUUCCUGACGUUGGUGGUGCCGGUGGUGGUGAUAACAGCAACGUUGCCAAUGUUUACCUUAUCAAUUGGCAUGAGUCACCAUUCCCAGUAGAUGAAGUCCCAUUAAUGACCACACUGGAGAUCACAGAUACUAAGCCGAAGCCGAGAACAUGCGAUCGCGAAACUUACACCGAUCCAUAUGACUUUAAUGUUGCCUACAUUGGUGGUACUGACGAUUAUAAAAUCCUACAAGCUGUUAACAGAAAUAUAAUUGAAACGAGUCGCCAUCUUUCAAGUGACGUAGAGGAGCCACCGAUGCAAAAGCUAGUACUACACAAGAGUACCAUGACGAAUACAACUACCCUAUUUAGAGGCCCCAUAUUCGAUUUAGAUACUGGCAUCAGUGAAGAAGACUACAGCGAAGAGCUUAUUGAACGUUUCUCGCAUCUACCCCGCACCUGUGUUCUUGACAUUUAUAAGAAUCUGUGCAAACAUGAUUAUAAUUGGGCUCUCGAUUAUCUCAGCAAUAUGGAUAUUAAUGAUAUAAACAUGUACAGCAUAGUAGAACAGGUAGAUGUUACUACAAAAGGCAAUGAAAUAACAGAUGAAAAUUCAAUUUCUCGGAAACACUUUGUAACGAAUGCAGCAGCAACUGUGACAAAGAAAGUAGCUCAUCCAAACAGCUCGGAGUCAUUAACCGAAACGUGUGAUGCUCCUCAACAACUAAACCAACAGUCACAUUCUCGUACCAAGCGCCAAAGGUAUAAGGCUUCAGACGACAUGCUCGCCCUCAAACAGCAACUGGAAAGCAAGUUUGUGAUGAACAAGGAGAGAUACACACCUCAUAUGUUACGCAUCGAUCUCAUGAAGAAGCACGAAUUGGACAAAUUAAAGAUGAAGAGUCCGGAAAAAGUAGAGGUAAAAAAGCCGUCACAUUUUGUCCAUAUGCCUAUGGCGGAGAAAGAGGAAGAGCAGCCAGUAGAAGACGAGGACAGUAUAGAGGAUGAGGUGGUUGAAGAGGAGAUGAUGGAAUUGCGGCUCGGUUAUGAUUUCAUACGUCUGUUGGAAUCGGUAUUUGGCAACGCAAAUUUCCAGGCACCCGAAGGACUUUUCCCCGUGAUCCAGAUACGCAAGUCUAUGGCUCAAGAGCUAUAUGCCUUGUGGAUCGAGAGUGUUCAACGACAGCUUUGGGCUAUGCAAGAACAAUUAGAUAUCAUGAUAGCACAAGAUGCUGAGUAUGCGAAAUCGUUAGAUGCAGCACAAUCACGAGCUGCAAUCAAAUCAGAUGUUCCAAAUUUAAAGGAGAUCAUGGACAUGGAAAUGGCUCUUGCCAUGUAUAGCAACGAUUGUAUUGAACAACAAUCUAUGAAGAAGACACAUAAGGAUAUCGCUUCCCAUGUUAUGCGUCAAACUUUACAUGAAAUGUUCCCUGGUUAUGAUACUGAAAUGUUGUAUGAGAUUUACGAAGCACAUGAUCAAAACUUUGACGAAACUGUUAAAGUCAUCGAGGAAAAUUGCUCUAUUAAAUCGACUAUAACGAUGGCGGAUAUGGUGAAAAAACGAAAACAUCUCAUCGAUGAAUUACAAAAAGAGAGUAGCUAUCAAACCUCCAGACAUAAUCAAUUGGAAACUCUCGAAAGUCGAGACGAAGCUUCCGGUGGUGACUACAAUAAUUACGAAAAUCUUCAGACAUACGAAGAAAUCUUUGAAGUUGCCUCUUCUUCGCGAGCAGAGGCACGCAGGCAGCUUACUCUUAGAAAUCAAAAUUAUCAGAAAGCAUCAGAAGCUUAUCGUCGGAAAAACCCCGAAGUCGCUGCUUAUUAUUCAAAUGUGGCAAAGCUACACAUACGAAAUAUGGAGGCUGCAAAUUCAAUGGCGGCAUCAGCGUUCCUUGCCGCCCAAACUCGCAUACUUGAUGCCGAUGAUACGCUUGACUUGCAUUUCUUGCACGUGUCCGAGGCAAUUCAAGCCUUCAACAUCUUCCUUGAAUACCAGCUAAGCCAAUUGGCAACUGGGGCCCGAAAAUACAUUUAUAUAAUCACAGGCAGAGGCACGCGAAGCUUCAAUAGCCAAAGUAAAAUUAAACCCAUCAUUGUAAGAAAGCUAAACAGCAAAAACAUCAGAUUCUCAGAAGCCAACCCUGGAAUGUUAAAAGCACUUCUGAGAAAAAAAUAAUUAUCGUCGUCAUAACUUCUUAUUCGAAAAGUAUAAAUGAAGAAUAAAGAA